CUCCAUUAAGUUCUCAGUGAGGAAACAAAGCCGUAUUACUCUGGUGAAUACUUCUCCUCUUUUUCAGCAUAAAUUGGCUGCAGGUCGCCGCUACUCUUACUGAUAUGAUAUAUGAAGAAGUAAAGAGAUGGCUCCAACAAGGUUCAAUGCAAAGCCCGGAGACCUGAUCGAGAUCGACCGUGGGAUUUAUCAGCACUGGGCCAUCUACAUUGGUGGAAUGCAAGUUGUUCAUUUGACUACUCCAAAUGGUGAUUCAAGCUCUUCUGGUUCUUCGUUGAUGGUCCUGGACAGCCUCAUAGGAAAGGUGAAGCGUGAGAACAUCUGGGAGGUGGUCGGCAACAAUAGUUUCAAGGUCAACAACCUCCUAGAUGACAAGUACCAGCCUCGUGAGAGUUACAUCAUCGUGAAGGAGGCCUGUAGCAUGGUGGGUCUGAAGGUGCGGUACUCUAUCAUGAAUAGCAACUGCGAGCAUUUUGUCACAGAACUACGAUACGGCAUUCCAGAGUCUCGACAGGUUAUUGCAGCAGCUGAGAUUGGAGGGGCAGUUUUAGUAGGUGCGGGGAUUGUAGCUCUGGGUGCUGCUCUGUUCGCAUCCUGGUUCAAAGAUGACAACAAAGAAGAAAGGAGAGAAGAAAGAAGAGAACCAAGGAGACAACCAAGGAGACAUUACAAUUGGCAGCAAUGAGACAGCAAGAUGAAAGGAAAGAUCCUGCCAUUGUUUGAGUCAAUUCAACUGGCAGUGAUUAGUUUUAGUUUAAUUUAUUUCAAUCAGUCAAUCAAUCACAUAAAUACACAUCACUUACGUAACAUAAAUGUUAAAAAAAAAGACAAUAAGUGUCACCUUAGUUCAUACAGUGUCAUCUUAACUCGUUUAUAAUCAUGAUCGAGAUAGGUGUAGGUUCAAGCAUUUGCCUAUUACACCUACCCCUUUUUACAUUCUAUUCUUAUUUUUGUUCUUAGGUCCUUCAGGAUAUCAAUUUUAUAAAAUGUAAUAUCAUUCAUUUCUGUAUUUUAUAUACAUAUUAUCACACAUAUGUGCAGAAGUAAAAAAAAUAAAUAAAUACAUUCCCAUUCAUAGCCCCACUGCAUUUUUGCUCAGAGGCACAUCCGCACCUGCCCUUUUGCACCACUCAUCUACUCUUUUGUAUAUUGAUUGAUAUAUUCUACUCUUCUGUAUAUUGUAUAAUUCUGUUAUAUUUGCUGUAUAUUGACUAUUUACAACAUUCAGCAUUAUUAUAGACUUUUCAUGUUUACUGCGUUAUUUCUGAUCUACAUCACUAACUAGACCACAACCUGCACUAACUGUAUAUCGGCUCUUCACUACGUUUUAGCUUCUUACAGACUGUCUAUCUAUGCAUAUUGAGUUAUAACUGUUCUAAAUAACUAACUGAUCCACAAUUUGCAAUAUCUGUAUUUAGACCCUUUAAGCGGUGAUACAGACUGUCUUAUCACCAUAUCACUUUCGUAUAUCCUUCAGUUUACUUACACCACACAUUUGUGCCAGCUUUGUAAUACCUACUUAAUCUCCACUUUAUGUAUCCAAUAUGUAGCAUAUUGUAUUCUGCACUCCUGUAUUGUAUUGAAUCUGAAAUUGUAUGUUGUCUCACACGCCUUACGCUUUUCUUGGCCAACCUUAGACCCUGUUCUCAAUGGCCUACCUGGUUAAAUAAAGGUUAAAUAAAAAUAUA